AUGGCAGUCAACGACGGCAUAACCAUUCUGGUUUCGAUGCUCUUUAUAGGAUCCAUAGCUGCUGCUGGAUUGUACUUUAUUCCAAAAUCACAGGAACAAGUAGUACAUCGAACUGCUCUGGUCAUGACUCUAGUUUGUUGUUGGCUCAUGUGGGUUAUAACUUUUAUGGCUCAAAUGAAUCCCAUCAUAAAGCCGGAACGCUCUUGGGGAUCAGAAUAA